AUAAGAAGCCAAAAGACUAAAAUGAAGAAAAAAUUAUGAUUUUGCUUGUGCAGUAGGGCACGGUACAUAGGUAGUUUAUCGAUGAUAAUAAUAAUGUCCACUGUACGAGUAGUUAGAAAUUGAAAGUAUUAUGCGACGAUACUAUGUCGUUUGUUUUCGUUGCUAGAAAAAGUUAUUUCUAAUACAACAUGGAUUUCGAAAGAAGAAUCAUGAACUUGCAAGCGCGUUUAAGAGCAGAAAACGAAGAUAAUCAGAGAGAAAAUCCACUCGGUGGGAGUCCUAGUCAUGGCCCUGGGCGUAGACCUAAACAACUUGGUGAUAUUGGAACACCUACAAGAACUAGAAAACACUUGGAACUGCCGUUCAGUUCUUUAACCCAACUGAGGUCACAAGACACAAGCGAAGUUGAUACCAAAAUGAAAGAAAUCAUGAAAAUGAAUGGAUCGUUGAACAUCAAUGGCACAAAAUUCCAAACCGACAUUAAGGAUUUGGAACAUCUAGGAGAGUUGGGAAAUGGAACUUGUGGUCAUGUUGUUAAAAUGUUGCAUAAACCAAGUAACACGAUCAUCGCAGUCAAACAAAUGAGAAGAUCCGGAAAUAGUGACGAAAAUAAGCGUAUCAUUAUGGAUUUAGAUGUAGUCUUCAAGUCAUUAGAUUGUCCUUACAUAGUACGCUAUCUCGGUUGCUUUAUCACUGAAUCGGACGUUUGGAUUUGUAUGGAACUUAUGGCUACGUGUUUCGAUCGUUUAUUAAAGAAAUUAAAGACUGCUAUACCAGAAGAUAUAUUAGGAAAAGUUACAUUAGCUACUGUGAAAGCUCUUCAUUAUUUAAAAGAAUCCCACGGCGUCAUUCACAGAGAUGUUAAACCAUCGAAUAUCCUGUUAGAUGAGAAAGGCAAUGUCAAACUCUGUGAUUUUGGCAUCUCUGGACGUCUGGUAGAUUCUAAAGCGAAAACCAAAAAUGCUGGAUGCGCCGCUUAUAUGGCUCCGGAAAGAAUCGAGCCACCUGAUCCUAGAAAACCCGAUUAUGACAUAAGAGCUGAUGUAUGGAGUUUAGGAAUUACUUUGGUUGAAUUAGCCACCGGCGUUUUCCCCUACAAAGAUUGCAAAUGUGAUUUUGAAGUCUUGAGCAGAGUUUUACACGAAGAUCCACCAUCUUUGCCUUCCGAUUCGUUACGGUUUUCUCCAGAAUUUCAAAGUUUCGUUUCUAGUUGUUUAACGAAAGAUUAUAGUCAUCGUCCUAAGUACAAAGAAUUAUUGGAACAUCCUUUCCUAAAAAGGUACGAGUUGAAGAAUGUCGAUGUAGCUGCGUGGUACGCUAAAGCAGUAUCCAACUCUACCAGUAAUACUCCUCUAAGAUAUUUGUCAACAUCGUUAUCUUCAUCUACUAGAAGACAACCUCCUCCUCCACCUCCAACAACGAGCCAUCAAAGUCGUCGUACAGGGUUAGAAAAUAUUGUAUUGAACGGCGAUCAUUCCGGUAAAUAUUCGCCAUUUCGAUCGUUAGAUGCUCAGUAUGGUGUUAACGGACUACAAUUCAGUGAAUGGGAUCCUCAUAAGUUUAGCGCAAAUAAAUUCAACAAUGCAUCUCCUCUUCUGAGAAGGCGAUAUCCACCUGAAUCGUCUACUAUUAGUGCUAACAAUUAUAAUAAUGUUUAUGGUACUGAAAAUACGAGUCCUCUAGUCUUGCAAAAGUUUCAUUAUCAACCAAACUAUAAUUUGAAUAAUCACUUACCUAGUUACCCAAUCACGUCAUCACAUUACAGAUCAGCAUCGCUAUCGCCUAGUCGUAGAUACUUGACUGAAAGCGUCAAAUUUACGGACGAAUCGAAAAUUUUAGAGGGUAAUAAUCAGAAUGGUUCGAAAAAGAAAUUUUCUUCGUACUUAAAAUUCCAUCUGAAUCCAACUACUGAAGACGUACGUCGAAGUUCUCCUCCUACCGUACCAUCACCAGCACCUCCUAGUCCUCCGCCGCGUUACAAUAGAUUAUCUUCAAAUAGUUCCUCACCGGCUAACUUUCCAUCAUCACCUUUAAUGAUGAGACGUAAUUUUUAUGAACCUCCGGAUUCACCUUUGGCUUCGAGACGCUUAUACAUCGAUGGUUCUCCGUUAUUAUCAAGAAGAUACGUUUCUCCUUGUCCUCCUCAACCACCUCCUCGAAGGCUUUCGGAAAGCAGCUCAGUUCCAGGUUCGCCCCAACAUUACAAUUUUCAAAGAAAUGAUCUCAUUCGAAAUACGCCAGCCCCGAAUAAAUUUCAGUACACACCGCAACCUCAACGAAAAACCAUUUACCAAAUAAAUGACCUCUGACAUUUACGUCAUUGUCACGUGCCGCUCUCAAUAACAAGAUGAAAAAUCUAAAUGAAUUAUAGAAAACGAUUUGAAGAUAUUACAUGCAAAUUUUGCUGCGAUUAUUUUACUUCAUAUUACUCUUAUUUUUAUUAAUUGAUUUUUUUUUUUUUUUUUUGAAGAAAACAAAACGAAAGAAACCCCGUUUUUUUAGUUUGAAUUUGAAACAACGACAAAUUUUAUUUGACGGUUUGUAAGUUCUUCAUUAUUGCGCUUAUGUGUGAGAUCAAAUUCAUGAACAGUCUAAUCAGUUUUAUCAUUUUUAAUAAUUUAUUGUUAAUUUUAUGUUUAAUAUAAAUGUAUUACUGUUGGAGUAAGUAAAGUUAGUUCAAUUGAGCUUUUUUUUUCAGUUUUUAGUAUUUUUUCUCUUAUAGAGUACCCAAUUGUAAUCUCUAGUCUUUUUUUUUAAAUACUUUUUUUUUCUACCAUAUAUUCGACGAAUGAAUGUAUUUGUGUGUUGAAGACGACAUUUUGUUGAUA